CGUCAUAGAACUUUAAAAAAAAAAGGAAGGGAAACAGAAAAACUACAACUCAUUCAUCACUGUCACUAUUGCCUGUCAGGGAUUAAGAGCUGAAAGAACAUGAUCCAACUCUGCCUCUGGUUCUUGGGCCUCUUUCUCUUUAUGGAGGAGGCAAGAACUGCCAAAGAGAACACUGACCCAAUAAUGGUGAUGGGAAUUCUGGGAGAGUCAGCUAUUCUACCUGCAGAAAUACCACUUGGAAAGAAACUUGUGAACAUUAAUUGGUCUUCCCGUACACCUGUUGCUGUUGUACAGCCAGAUCCAGGAACAUCAUUCAAACUUAUUAUAACCCAUCAAAAUUAUGUGGGACGACUGAAUGUCAUAUCCUUGAAUUAUGAUUUAAAGAUUAGCCCCCUGAAGAUGGAGGAUGCAGGAAGCUACAGAGCUGACAUAAAUGUUCAGGCCGAUACAACCAGCACCAUGACUAUCACCAAGAACUAUUUGCUGCAUGUCUACAGACGACUGGCACCACCAAAAAUUACUCAGAAUUCCAUAAUCUCUAAGAACAACACCUGUAAUAUUACUUUGACAUGCUUCGCAGAGGGAGGAGAAGAUGUGAAGUAUCAGUGGACCCCUCUGGAAGAACAAGCCAUUGAGUCUAAUGGGAAAUCCAGUCUUUUCAUCUACCGAAGACCUGAGGAUGCUCACAUAAAUUAUACCUGUACAGUCACAAACCCUGUCAGCAACAAUUCUGAAUCCAUACUUGUUCAUCUCUGUGCAGAAACAACAUCACUUUCUAGUCUCCGCUGGUUAAUCCCGGUGCUUUCUAGCAUAGUACUGAUUGUAGCUGGGACAUGCUUUUAUCUUCAAUACAAGAAAAAAAAAGAUGCUGAUUCACUAUCCAUUUUCCAGUCAAAGAAUCUUCCUGAAGAUAACCAAGUCUAUGAUGAACUCAGCAUGCCCACUCUAAGUGUUUCCAAUCAGAAGAAAGAAGCUCCAAAUACAAUUUAUUGCACAGUACAGAACCCCCAAAAGAUAUUGCUUUCUAUUCAUGGCACAAAUUUCAAAAAAGCAGUUUGGCUGAGGGUUCAGGCCAGGCUCCAGCUGAGGCGCAAGAUCAUGACACAUCUACUGCAAUGGUUCACAGUCGUCCUCUUUUUACAAAUUGAAGAAGCCGCCUCCACAGAAGUGCCAAGGAUGAUCAUGGGGACUGUGGGGAAGUCAAUCACUCUACCUUUGAAGAUGUCAUCAAACAGAAUUCAAACUAUUGUCUGGCUUUCUCAAAAUGCUCUUGCCACUGUCGACUUAAAAGGACCAGAACCCCAUAUAAUAUAUACGGAUUCUAAGUACUAUAAAAGAUUGGAAGUCCUCAAAAAUGAAAGCUACUCUCUGCGAAUCUACAAUCUGACAAAAGAAGAUGAAAAUGUCUACAAAGGGCAAAUAACCCUAGAGAAUUCAGUUUCAACUGAAAUGAUUAUUCAAAAGUUCUUCCUACAUGUUUAUGAGGAACUGCCCAAACCCCAGAUCACAGUAAACUUUACAGGAUUUGAGAAUGAUACCUGUAAUGUCACCUUGCUGUGCUCCGUGAAAAAGGAAGGGAAAAAUGUGACUUACAGCUGGACAUCCCUAGAAGAUGGACAUACAGUCACCUUCCAUGAGGGACCCAAAGCCACAGUCUCCUGGAAACAUGGGGAAAGUGAGCCAAAUUAUAUCUGCAGAGUCACAAAUCCUGUCAGCAGUCAGAGUGCCCAGGCAAAUCCUUUUCCAGGGCUCUGUCCAGGACAAUCAUCUAGGAAUUAUUCUGGGCUGAUCAUAGGAACUAUAAUUCCAGUUAUGCUGUGUAUAGUCAUCACGAUUGGGGUGAUUAUUUGGAAGAAAAGAGAACAAGGUAUCCUCUACUUCUUUCCUAAUCAACAGCAGGAGACUGUCACUGUGGGGACCACAAUAUAUGCACAAGUUAAUCAUCCAAACAGGAACAAGACUCUAAGUUCUAACAGUCCAGUCAAAAAUGAUUCUGUCACAGUUUACUCUACCAUCCAGUCUCCUAAAGAGAGAGAAGCCACACUUUCUGAAACAUCUGCUUAUGAUAAAUCCAUCUAAGUAAUCAGCAACAAAGGGAUGACAGACUUUCCCAUGGAAAAGGUGACCCUCCAUAUGACAGGAAACCCAAAAACUUUUCUUGUCGAGUCAAAACACACUCUGGACAUCUGACAUUGUUUUCACCAAUUCUUCAGAAAUAAACUAUGACAUCUAAGUUCUACUGCCAAAAGAAUGUCUUCACCCCCAGAAACUAAGCCAAGUAGCAUUUCCUCAAUCCAGGAACAAGAUAUAUUUCAGAAACAUGACCUGUUAAACUUUUUCUUUGUUAACUUAGUUGAUGAAGAGCAUGAGAUAUACCAAUUCAGAAGAGUUGGAAGCUGCUCCCCUAUUGCAAAGUUUAUGGAAGCAGUGCAUCCAGAAAUCAUUCUUCCAUGGAAACUUCAGGCUUUCAAGGAUUUUGGUAUUCCAUUCCCUUUAUCCUCACCAUGCACUCUCACUUCGAUAUCUUCCCUUGUCUCACUCCUAUCCCUCCAGUGAGAAAAGUAAGAGGAUUGGUCUCCUCACUGAACAGUGUGAGUCACCAAUGGAUUGCCUUUCUUCUAAUCAUUGAAAUCCAUUAUCCUCUUCCAAUUGCGUCAGUUCACUAGGCUUUCUAGGACCCAUUUCCUCAUUGCUUAGUGACUAUAGAACUGACAUGCAUUCUUCUUCUUCCCUUCAUACCAAGGCACCCUUUUCAGAGAUUUUGACAUUUCAUCAGUGAUUUUGAAUAUCUUAGUCUCAUGUUCUCUCAGCCUUUAUAAUUGUAAAGACUUCCUCCUCUUCACAUCAGUCAUGCAUUCCUCCUUUGUGUUAUUAGACCUCAUCAAGUUCGCAACGGGAAAGGCCAUUGAACCUAAAUGUCAGAAAAGACUUGAAUUCACUAUGUAACUCUGACAAUUACUACUUCUGCAAUCAUGGACAAGUCUCUUCGUACCUCUGUUUCCUUGUCUGUAAAAUGGAGAAUAAGAAUAAAUGUAGUUCCUAUGUCACAGGGUUGUGGGAGGAUAAAAUGAGAUAACUUGUAUGGAAUGUAAUAACCACUGGGAAAGCUAUGAUCUACUAGAUUGGGGCCCUUAAUCCUAGCUAAAGGAUAUGUAUGACCAGAAGUUCCUGUGUCUCUGUAGCUGGGGCCUAUUCUUAUAGGCUGGGCUACUGAUCUAAGAAGAGCCACCUUUUCUGCAGAUCAUAUGGAAUGAGAAAAAACUGCUUUUGAUAGAGUUGUUGUGAGGUUAAAAUAUGACCAUAUUUUCAAAAACACUUAGCACAGUGCCUUGCACAUAGUAGUGCUCUAAAAAUACGUAUUCCCUUUCUCUUCCUUUCUGGGCUCUUUUGAUAUAACUUUUUUGCCAGGAAAUAGUCAACACUAGGUCUCAGGACAUAGUCAACACUAGGUCUCCUUUAGACUUCCAGAAAGGUGAAGGAAUUCCUUUCCCUCUCUCUCUCUCACCCAAACCCUAACAAUAGCAAUUGGAUCUAUGAAGCAACAAAAGCCUACAUGCAUUUCCAGCUCCAUGAGAACUUCAAGGUGGGAGUUCAUCAGAUCAAGGGAUUUUUCUGAUCAACCCUGCUGCUAAUAGAAAACAUUUUGCAAACUAUAAAGGGAAAACCACAAAGGGAAUAGGACUUUCAGUUGGACAUUAAAUGGGGGUGGGGGUGGGUCAAACCAAAAGAUGAGAGAAAUGAGAAACAGAAGCAAGGUUGAGCAUACUUUGUUGGGGACAAGAACAUAAGAGUCUGAUUAAAGGAGGAUGUUCACAAAGGGAAACAGUGAGGAAUUCAAUAGAAAAAGAAAGCUGAUUUUGGGGCUUUAAUUUUUUUUUCAGAGAGGCCAGCCUAACUGAUCUAGCAGGGCACCAUAAGGGAGAAACAUGAAGCAUAUGUGCCAGGAAAAUCAAAUCACCACCACCACCAUCACCACCUUCAUACCAUCUCAUCUCAAACCCAAUGGAAACAACUCGGCACUCUGAACCCAAUUGCCUUGGAAAUAGUAGUGCCUCCAGACCAUAGUGGUUUGGAUAUAGUAACAGCUUCCAGACCAGUAUCUCUGACCAACUGCCACCAGUGGAAAGAUAGACACAGGAGCCCUGGCAGUGGAGAUGCUCUCCAGGCCACUACUCUUGCUUCUAGCCCAGCCCUCAAAGUCACACUCCAGGGAAGCAACUUUUAUGGAGGUCAGACAGCCCUGAACUGCCACACAGAGCCCAAGUGACCUAUCCUGAUUGAGAUAACAGUAUUUCUUAGGAGAGAUAGAGGAGACAGCAUGUGACAGACAAAUCAAACCACUAUCAAUACUUUGACCACCAUCUCCCUUUAGAUCCUGUUUAGAAACAACCCAAGAGCCCAAGAGCCUUGGCAAUACCGAAGAUUUCAGCCCAGUACAUUCAGUUAUCAUCCUGAAAAGCAGUCCCUGUGCAGAUGCAACCCAGCAAUUUGCUCUUGCAGGAGCUGCAGUCAAACCUACUGAAGACCCAGAAAAUUCUGGACAUCAAAGUUCUCAGUAUUGUCAAAUGGUUCAACAUUAAAAACGACAUUAUUACCUGCUUUGCCAUUGCCUCCCUAAGUAUGAUAAAACCUUUUCAUCUGAUGAAAUCUUUAAUAUAUACCAUCUCCCCUACUAGACUAUGAAUCUUAGAAUUGAUAAACUUUGAAUACAGGUUGGAGUAAACUUUCUGUUUUCUUUAUGUUUAUUGUUUUGUUUUCUUGUACAAAAUGCUUAAAAUGGACAUAUGUUUUACGUCCAUGUUCACAUGGAUAUAUGAAAUCAAAUUGUUUGCCUUUUCAAGAAGAAGGGAAGGAAGGGAGAAAAUUUGGAACUCAAAAUUUUUAAAUGAUUAUUAAAAAGUUUUUACAUGUAAUUGUGAAAUAUUUAAUGAAAUAAAUAAAAUAUUUUUUU